GUAUAAAGGAGCCAGUCACCGCCUGGAGGCAGCGAAAGCCUCUGCUGUCUACAGCCUCCCUGGCCAGGUCACUCCUCAAGACAGACUUAGAACACUGACAUCGGUCAUCAUUCAUUUUCAAACACACAAGGUCACGUGUGCAGAUUUCUCAGUGACACUCAGGCUGCAGCUGUGCGCUCAUCACCGGCGAGACUGCUUCUCUUCUGAGUGUCACGGGUGGAGACAGGAUGCUCUGGGCAAUGGCCCUGCUGGCUCUGGGCUUGGGGCCAAGAGCUUAUGCUGGUGACCAGAGCGAAGAUACUUCGUUUGACCUGUUCAGCAUCAGCAACAUUAACCGGAAGACCAUCGGUGCCAAACAGUUUCGAGGGCCUGACCCUGGGGUACCCGCUUACCGUUUUGUACGCUUUGAUUACAUUCCCCCAGUGAGGACAGACGAUCUCAGCAGAAUUGUCAAGCUUGCAAGGACAAAGGAGGGCUUCUUCCUCACAGCCCAGCUGAAGCAGGACCGCAAAUCCCGGGGCACACUCCUGGUAUUGGAAGGCCCCGGCACCUCCCAGAGGCAGUUUGAGAUUGUGUCCAAUGGCCCAGGGGAUACCUUGGACCUCAAUUACUGGGUCGAAGGCAUCCAACACACCAACUCCCUGGAGGAUGUGGGCUUGGCUGACUCCCAGUGGAGGAAUGUGACCGUGCAGGUGGCCAGUGAUACCUAUAGCCUAUAUGUGGGCUGCGAUCUGAUUGACAGCGUCACCCUGGAAGAACCGUUCUAUGAGCAGCUGGAAGCAGACAGAAGCAGGAUGUAUGUGGCCAAAGGUGCAUCCCGAGAGAGUCACUUCAGGGGCCUGCUCCAGAAUGUCCAUCUCGUGUUUGCAGAUUCUGUAGAAGACAUUCUAAGAAAGAAAGGCUGCCAACAGAGCCAGGGAGCUGAAGUCAACACCAUCAAUGAGUACACAGAGACACUCCACCUGAGUCCCCACAUCACCACAGAACUGGUGGUCCAGGGUGUGGACAAGACACAGGAAGUGUGCGCACACUCCUGUGAGGAGCUGAGCAACAUGAUGAACGAGCUGUCUGGAUUGCACGUCAUGGUGAACCAGUUGAGCAAGAACCUGGAGACAGUGUCUAAUGACAACCAAUUCCUCUUGGAGCUCAUCGGAGGCCCUAUGAAGACCAGGAACAUGUCAGCUUGCGUGCAGGAGGGCCGAAUCUUUGCAGAAAACGAAACCUGGGUGGUAGACAGCUGUACCACGUGCACAUGCAAGAAAUUUAAAACAGUGUGCCACCAAAUCACUUGCUUGCCGGCGACUUGCGCCAACCCAUCUUUCGUGGAAGGCGAGUGCUGCCCGUCCUGUUCUCACUCUUCAGAAAAUGAGGAGGGCUGGUCUCCGUGGGCAGAGUGGACAGAGUGUUCUGUCACCUGUGGCUCUGGGACCCAGCAGAGAGGCCGGUCUUGUGAUGUCACCAGCAACACCUGCCUGGGCCCCUCCAUUCAGACGAGGGCAUGCAGCCUGGGCAAAUGCGACACAAGAAUCCGGCAGAAUGGUGGCUGGAGUCACUGGUCACCCUGGUCUUCGUGCUCCGUGACUUGUGGUGUUGGCAAUGUCACUCGCAUACGUCUCUGCAACUCCCCAGUGCCCCAGAUGGGUGGCAAGAACUGCAAGGGCAGUGGCCGGGAGACCAAGGCCUGCCAGGGCACACCCUGCCCAAUUGAUGGGCGUUGGAGCCCCUGGUCCCCUUGGUCGGCCUGCACAGUCACCUGUGCUGGAGGGAUCCGUGAACGGACACGUGUUUGCAACAGCCCAGAACCCCAGUACGGUGGGAAGGACUGUGUGGGGGAUGUGAAGGAACAUCAAAUGUGCAAUAAGAGAAGCUGCCCCAUUGAUGGAUGCUUAUCCAACCCAUGUUUUCCUGGAGCCAAGUGCAACAGCUUCCCUGAUGGGUCUUGGUCCUGUGGUUCCUGCCCAGUGGGCUUCCUGGGUAAUGGCACCCACUGUGAGGACCUGGAUGAGUGUGCUGUGGUCACAGAUAUAUGCUUCUCAACCAACAAAGCUUCCCGCUGUGUCAAUACCGACCCUGGCUUCCACUGUCUGCCUUGUCCCCCACGCUACAAGGGGAGCCAGCCCUUCGGGGUUGGCCUGGAGGCUGCACGGACAGAGAAACAAGUUUGUGAGCCAGAAAACCCGUGCAAGGACAAGACUCACAACUGCCACAAGCAUGCAGAGUGUAUCUACUUGGGCCACUUCAGUGACCCAAUGUACAAAUGUGAGUGCCAGACUGGCUAUGCCGGCGACGGGCUCAUCUGUGGGGAGGACUCAGACCUGGAUGGCUGGCCCAACAACAACCUGGUGUGUGCCACCAAUGCCACCUACCAUUGCAUCAAGGACAACUGCCCCAAACUGCCAAAUUCUGGGCAGGAGGAUUUUGAUAAGGAUGGGAUCGGAGAUGCUUGUGAUGAGGACGAUGACAAUGAUGGCGUGAGCGAUGAGAAGGAUAAUUGCCAGCUCCUCUUUAAUCCCCGUCAACUGGACUACGACAAGGAUGAGGUUGGAGACCGCUGUGACAAUUGUCCCUAUGUGCACAACCCAGCACAGAUCGACACCGACAACAACGGUGAAGGGGACGCCUGCUCUGUGGACAUUGACGGGGACGAUGUUUUCAAUGAGAGAGACAACUGCCCCUAUGUCUACAACACUGACCAGAGAGACACGGACGGGGAUGGCGUGGGCGACCAUUGUGACAACUGCCCCCUGAUGCACAACCCAGAUCAGACGGAUAUGGACAAUGACCUUGUUGGAGAUCAGUGUGACAACAAUGAGGACAUCGAUGAUGAUGGCCACCAGAACAACCAGGACAACUGCCCAUACAUCUCCAACUCCAAUCAGGCUGACCACGACAAUGACGGCAAGGGUGAUGCUUGCGACCCUGAUGAUGACAACGAUGGUAUUCCAGAUGACAGGGACAACUGCAGGCUUGUCUUCAACCCAGACCAGGAAGACUCAGAUGGUGACGGCCGAGGUGAUAUUUGUAAAGAUGACUUUGACAAUGACAACGUCCCAGAUAUUGAUGACGUGUGCCCUGAGAACAAUGCUAUCACUGAGACAGACUUCAGGAACUUCCAGAUGGUCCCUCUGGAUCCCAAGGGAACCACUCAAAUUGAUCCCAACUGGGUGAUUCGUCACCAAGGCAAAGAGCUGGUGCAAACGGCAAACUCGGACCCUGGCAUUGCUGUAGGUUUUGAUGAGUUUGGGUCUGUGGACUUCAGUGGCACAUUCUAUGUCAACACUGACCGGGAUGAUGACUACGCUGGCUUCGUCUUCGGCUAUCAGUCAAGCAGCCGCUUCUACGUGGUGAUGUGGAAACAGGUCACCCAGACCUAUUGGGAAGACAAGCCCAGUCGUGCUUACGGCUACUCUGGUGUGUCCCUCAAAGUGGUGAACUCCACAACUGGCACCGGUGAACAUCUGAGGAAUGCCCUGUGGCACACAGGAAACACAGAAGGCCAGGUGCGCACGCUAUGGCACGACCCCAAAAACAUUGGCUGGAAAGACUACACUGCCUACAGGUGGCACCUGAUUCACAGGCCCAAGACAGGCUACAUGAGAGUCUUGGUGCAUGAAGGAAAGCAGGUCAUGGCUGAUUCAGGACCAAUCUAUGAUAAAACCUAUGCUGGUGGAAGGCUCGGCCUGUUUGUCUUCUCCCAAGAAAUGGUCUACUUCUCGGACCUCAAGUAUGAAUGCAGAGAUGUCUAGAGAGAAAGGCUGCAUUCCAUCAAUGUGCUACAAACACUGUUUACGAGACACGUCGGUCCAUCUUGGUACUUGCAGCUUUUCUCUCUUUCAGCAUUUUCUGUUUCUUGACCUUAACUGAGUGGAUCUUCACCUCCUGCAUCAGCACCAAGUCCAAGUGCCUUCAAAUGACAAACAUCAAGGGAACUGCAAGAUGAGCAUCUGGCCCGCUGCUGGAAAACAGUUUGAUGAGAAAUGAGACUCACCACGGAGUGGAAACUUAGUGUGUUGUUGCAUUGUCUUUUCCUAUCUGUUUAAACAGAAUGACGUUUACAUGUAAAAUGUAAUUACUUGCAGUAUUUAUGUGUAUAUGGAGUUGAAGGGAAUAUUGUGUAUAAGUCAUUCUCAUAAAUUAAGCAUGAAAACUAUUGCUCACCUACUUUCAGUGCUUAAUGUUGUCACUGUUCUUGGAUUUGUGCUGUUCAGCAACACACCAAUCCUGUAAGGGCAAUUCUAAAGAAAGAUCAGGUGAGUGUGGCUGCAGUAAGGAAAAGGUCAGAAGACAGUCACAUGACUGUGGCCCCUUGUCCAGUGAUAUUAAACACUGACUAAUCAGAACGUAGACACUGAUUGGAAAAUUAGAUGAAAAUCCCCUUUUAUUCCUCUUGGUUCACAGAUAACAACUGACUUGAUGAAGACAAAAAAAGGUGUAUUACUACAAAAAGGAAUCUUUCAGGAUUACUCAGAGCUUUCAGAGGCAAGCACCUCCUGGGCUUUGUGGAGAGCCUCCUUGGCUGGAAGUCAUGGAGCUCUCUCUGCUCACUGACUGCUAGGAUCUCUGACUGGGCAUCCUUUCCUGUUCCUACUACUAGGAAACAGACUAGGAGAUAAAUUUGCAAAUGCAUUUUGGUACCCUACUCCUAGUCUAGACUUUGGAAUGAUACAAAAGUUGCUUUUGUCUAAUUUGGUAAGAUAUUUCAUUAAGGUUCCAGGUACAACUGUUGUGUUAAUAUUUAUUAAAUGAAUUUGGAAUGUAGCUCCAUUCAUCAAUAACUUAUUUUAAAUAUGCAAAGCAACAAAUAUGUAGUGUAAUUUCUAGAAAUAAGCAUAUGACAAGGAUAUAAUGAUAUAACGAUCCACUUACCAAAAUAUCUGCUGGUUGAAAUACAAAGCUCCAUGUCAUGAUAAAAUAGAACCCUAAUACACACAGUUACCAAUGAUUUUAAUUCAAUUCAUUUUACUGUUAUCUAUUGGUUGUAUAUAGGUUCUUUUUAUCUUAAUACUGAAGAAAACAUUCUCCUCCCCGCAGACACACCCAUUAAUCAGUCACAACACAACAGACAUGCUAGGAUGGUUUUAUUGUCUUGCUUUAAGUUGCAUGAUCUCCCAGCAGGAAGUAUGGUCUCUCUCACUCCACAUGAGUUCAGUGGAGGUACAUCUUGUUUCUCUUUGGGGUGGGUAGAGUAUGAUCCCUUUUUUGGGAAAGGCAGUCACAUUUCUAAGUCAGAUAGAAAGAAUCCAUGCUUAGAUUCUGAGCUUCCACAGUUCAUCUUAACACAGUUAUUUGUGCUGGUGUCUUUGAGGGUGAGUUUCCUCUGUGUUUUGUUACCCUGCACUCUUUGCUUUCUGUGGAACUGUAUUUCCAAGGCCAACACGAGACUUCUAACUGUGAGGGUGUGGAGAACAUUUAGGCUUUCCCUUGGGCAUUUGGUUGAAUGGUACAAGGUGGUGGGGAAGAUGUGAAUACGUUCAGUGUGCCAUAUUAUUUUUGUAAAUUAUUUAUGUAGUUUAAAAAGAACAAAAGCUUCUCAUAUACGUUAAUGAAACAUUGUUUUUGCCAAAGACUGUAAAUAUUUAUUUAUUUGUUUAUUGGGUCAAAUUUUCACCACUGAAACCCUACGUUUAGCUAGAGCUUCGUUUUUCUACUGAAGAUUAACAACAGCAAAUAAAUUAUAAAAAGGUUUCUA